CUUUCCUUUUGGUUUGCCUUCCCCGCGUUUGCCCAUCUGUCGUCUCUCUCUCUACCUCUCUCUCUCUCUCCGUCUUCAUCAAGCAAAGCUCCUCCUUCUCCACUCACUCCUCUCUCUCUCUCUCUCUCGCUCAUCUUACAUAGAGACAGAGGAGACAAUCAUACGCAGCGAUCCCCUAGAAGAGAUCUACACAAGUCUCAGCUUAACCACGUUUUGGGAAUCGGAACUAAAAGCGGCGAGAGUCUAUAAUUGAAGAAGAGAACAAGGAUGCGCAGGUGGAUCUGUUGUGGACGUAAAACAGGAGAUUCAGAUUUGUCAAAUAAUGAGGAACAUGUAAAAACUCAAUGGCAGCAAUCUGAUGCAAAUCAUAAGAAUUCAAAACCACAAGCUGUUACGAAACCUGAGGUGCAGAAGGAAGCUCUUCCCAUUGAGGUUCCUCCCUUGUCUGUGGAUGAGGUUAAAGAAAAGACUGACAACUUUGGAUCAAAGUCACUGAUUGGUGAGGGAUCUUAUGGAAGGGUAUAUUAUGCAACUCUAAGUGAUGGGAAAGCAGUUGCUUUGAAAAAACUUGAUGUUGCUCCUGAAGCUGAAACAAAUGCCGAGUUCUUGAGUCAGGUUUCCAUGGUUUCAAGACUGAAGCAUGAGAAUCUCAUUCAACUGGUCGGUUAUUGUGUUGAUGAAAACCUUCGUGUUCUUGCUUAUGAGUUUGCAACCAUGGGAUCACUGCACGACGUUCUUCAUGGUAGGAAGGGAGUUCAAGGUGCACAGCCAGGUCCAACACUUGACUGGAUAACGAGGGUGAAAAUAGCCGUUGAGGCAGCUAGGGGUUUAGAAUACCUUCAUGAGAAGGUUCAGCCUCCUGUAAUUCAUAGAGACAUAAGAUCUAGCAAUGUGCUUCUUUUUGAAGACUACCAAGCAAAAGUUGCUGAUUUUAAUCUCUCAAAUCAAGCUCCUGAUAAUGCUGCUCGUCUUCACUCUACAAGAGUCUUGGGCACCUUUGGCUAUCAUGCUCCAGAAUAUGCCAUGACUGGACAGUUGACGCAGAAGAGUGACGUGUAUAGCUUUGGGGUUGUACUUCUAGAGCUUUUGACAGGGAGGAAACCUGUGGAUCAUACAAUGCCACGUGGCCAACAAAGUCUUGUAACCUGGGCUACACCAAGACUCAGUGAAGAUAAAGUGAAGCAGUGUGUUGAUCCAAAGCUAAAAGGAGAAUAUCCUCCUAAAUCAGUAGCCAAGCUAGCAGCGGUGGCAGCAUUGUGUGUGCAAUACGAAUCUGAAUUUAGACCGAAUAUGAGUAUAGUUGUGAAAGCUUUGCAGCCACUUCUCAAAGCUCCAGCGCCAGCGCCAGCACCUGAAUCAUGAGUUUGCACUCCUUUUAGAUACCACUGGGGCAUCUACAGAGUUGGAUUCUUUGUUCAUACAAAUGAGAAUUUGUUCCUCUGAUUUGGGAAAGAAGAAACAGAAAGUAUGAGAUCAUAUUUUGUGUUGUUUUUUUUAGGGGAUUAUAUUAUUUUUUGUGUUGGCAUUUUGGUGUGAACGGAGGAUAUUUUGCAUUUGUUAUGUCAGUAUUGGAAACAGGCUUUUUGUUUUGCUUGGCGUGGAGAACAAAUUUGUAUUGCAUUUGCUGUUCUUUCGUUUUU